CAGUUUGAAUAGAACACAUUUCUCAAUCCAUGCCAGAUCUUAUGUUUGAUCCCAUAUAAUGCACUACAUGUACUUAAGUGUUUUGUUCUACCUUUGAUCUUGAAUUCACGCCUUGGAUUACUACUGUACCGGGUCCCCCCAAAUUCUGAGCACUUCCAGCCAUGUUCAACAACUAAAGGCACCAGGUCUUUAAUUUAUUCACAACUUAAUUUACUGUGUUACUCUUGUGUAAAUGAACAUUACAAAGCACUUAAAUGACUCCUUCACUUCCCAAGUGUCUGCAUUACUUGUAAACGAGGGAUAAAAUCUACCAUGCUACAGGAGAAAUGGAGAGUGUGCUGUCAUUGUUAAAUGGGAUUCUCAUUUAUAUAGAGCUUGCAGUACCUGACAAAGCCAUUACAAAUGCAUUAUACAUGACAAGCAGUCAUGACUGAAAGACAAGGCAGUGACAAGCCAACAGGGACUGUGGUAAACAUGGAGGAAAUUUCUCCAGGAGAAAAAGUAGAUAGCAAUGGUGUGGACCUAUCUGUCAACAAAAGUACAAGGAGGAGAUCAUCUAUAUGGAAGACUGCUAAAAAUAAAAUAAGAAUUACACCCAAAGAUGCCACACCAGUGAACUGGAAAAUGAUAGGACUAGUUUUUGUAUCAAUGUUUACAAGUUCUAUCAGUUUGACAUUUCUAUUCCCUUUCCUGCCAGAGAUGAUUUUGUUCUUUGGUUACCAAGAAACAGACAAGGGUUACUAUGCAGGUUUGGUAGCUUCCAUGGUGUUUGCUGGGAGAGCAAUGGGAAGCUUUUUCUGGGGUUGGUUGUCAGAUAAAAUGGGACGGAGACCAGUCAUGCUAAUGACCAUAUUUCUAAAUGGCUUUUUCUGCUUACUGUUUGGAUUUACAUUUAACCUACCUAUGGCUCUUGUCACCAGAUUUUUAGCUGGUUUAGUCAAUGGUACAGUUGGCGUUUCUAAGUCAAUCCUGUAUGAGAUUUCAGAUGACACAAAUCAAGCCAUUGGCAUGUCCAUAAUUUCCAUGUCAUGGGGAGCAGGGAUCAUACUGGGACCGGCUGUUGGGGGUUUGUUAGCCACACCAGCCAAGAGAUACCCUUCUGUGUUCCCCUCGGAUGGAGUGUUUGGUCAGUUUCCAUACCUACUCCCCAGUCUGAUUGUAGCAUGUGCCUGUUUUGUGGGUUUUGUUGUUGACUUGAUAGCUUUACCAGAAACCAGGAACAAAAAACAAGAGGAAUUAGAAGUUGAAGUUGAGGAACGAAAUGAAGAACUUCAGAAGUUGGCUCCGCUCUCAAAGAACCAAACAAGCCAGACGGACAGGAUGAUAUCGAUGUCGGCCGAGGAUCUUCACUGUCACACGGAGAGAGCAGUAUAUGAGGUCAAACUGUACCAGUCCUGUCAGGAACUACACAAGUCACAUGACUCAAACAUGGCAGGGGUCAGACAAAGGUCAUCAUCUGAAAAUGGGAAAAUGCUGUCUGGUGAAGUAGAGGAAAUAGAAGAAAAUACAUCCAGGAGUGUCCUAGAUAAAAUGAAGAGAACAACUUUAUAUAAGAUAUUCAGUAUGCCUGAUUGUAGAACAGCUGUUUUUCUGUACACUGUGUUUUCCUUCUCUGCCAUUGGUUUUGAAGAAAUUUUUACAAUCUGGGCAUCUACCAAGACAUAUUACGAUGGCCUAGGGUUUGAGACAAACGAGAUUGGUAUGGUUCUUGGCUUGGCAUCAUUUCCUAUGUUGGCUCUGAAUCUGUUCAUCUACCCACUUCUUAACAGGAUAUUUGGAACCAAAAAGACUUUCAUUAUCUGUGGUUUUAUUAAUGGAGUUCUGAUGACUGUAACGCCCGUGUUACAUCUUUUGGAAUCUAGUUCCUCGUCUUUGUUAUGGACAAUUCUGCUAAUUGUGAUUAUUCCACAAAAAAUCAUGACAAGUUGUUCCUUUACUGCAACAUCCCUUUUUGUGAACAACUCAUCCCCUUCUCACAUGGCAGGUUCUGUCAACGGUAUCGCCAUGACAGCCACAGCUAUUGCAAGGACCUUAGCACCAACCAUUGGAGGCAGUGUAUUUGCAUGGUCCAUUGGGAAUGAUCUUGGAGCACCCUUUGAUGUCAACAUCUCUUUCUUUCUAUUCGGAUUUCUUUUGUGGCUGACAAGUGUGUAUAGUUUGUUUAUACCAGAGUCUCUUAACAGAAAAAAGAAAUAAUCUACCUCAACACAGAGGUGAAGAGGCCUUAUAUCUAUAUAAAAGUUAGUAGAAAAAAUACAAACCUGCAAUGUGUAGUUAAAGCUACAUAAAAAAAUGUACAUAACUAAAAAGUAGAAUAUUUUUUGUUACAGCUUGGUCAUGUACAUAUAUGAU